AGGACAGGACCGAGUGGGGUGCCCACAGCUCGUAUCGCGAAGAAAUGAAGGGAGACUCGCAGACAUGACUGGCUCCCGGAUUCACUGGGACUGACAGCCAGACAGAGAGAGAGAGAGAGAGAGAAAGGGGAGAAGCUUCUAUCAAACUCGCUGCACGAAGAUCCGGUGAAAGUGGCUGUGUGAGCUGGAGACUCAAAAUGCCUAUGCACCCAGUGACUGCGACCUUAAUGUACAGGGGCAUCUAUACCAUCCCUGACAUUCUCAGCAACCAGGAUCCCAUAGAUAUCCCUGAGGAUGAACUGGAAGAGAUCCGCGAGGCUUUUAAAGUCUUCGACCGCGAUGGGAAUGGGUUUAUCUCGAAGCAGGAGCUGGGGAUGGCGAUGCGCUCACUGGGCUACAUGCCCAACGAGGUGGAGUUGGAGGUCAUCAUCCAGCGCCUGGAUAUGGACGGUGAUGGACAGGUGGACUUUGAAGAGUUUGUGACGUUGCUAGGACCUAAACUGUCAUCAGCUGCAAUUCCAGAGAAGUUCCAUGGAACCGAAUUUGAUAAUGUUUUUUGGAAGUGCGAUAUGCAAAGAAUGACAGUAGAAGAGUUGAAGAGACUCCUUUAUGAGGCAUUCUGUGAACAUUUGUCAAUGAAGGACAUCGAAAAUAUAAUCAUGACAGAAGAAGCAGGCCAUGUUGUAAACCCAGAAGAAUGUCCUGUUGACAUUGACACAUGUUCAACACAGCAAAUCAAACAGACCUGUGUCAGGAAGAGUCUCAUCUGUGCGUUCGCUAUCGCUUUCAUCAUCAGUGUAAUGCUCAUAGCAGCAAAUCAGGUGCUGAGAAGUGGGAUGAAAUAAGAGCAAUGCUUCAAAUCAGCCUACACCCUGGACAAUUCUGAAAAACUGAUAGACAGCAGCCCGAUUGCAUGGUAAUCUUAUUGAUUUGGGAAUCCCUGAAGGAACAUCCAGCCUUUACAGAACUACAAGAAAUUAGAUGCAUGAUGAUGCAUGGAUUUUCAAAUGCACGGUGAUAAGAUAACAUUUAUUUUGUGAAACGUCUACAGUGUUGAUGAACAGCAUCCAUAAGGAUAUCACAAAGUACACUACUGGCAGUUUAAAUGUGCAGUAUGCACGAUACUAUUUAAUAGGCAUGAGCCUAUGUGAAGACUGGAGCAAUUCCUAUUUUGGCAGAUGGUGAAUCCAAACGCAUUGGUGUAAAGAGGCAAAAAAAAAGACUGGUGAGUGAAAGGGUUCUGAAUAUUGUAUUCACAUCUCCACCUUAGAAAACAGUCAUGAUGCCAGCUGAUUUUUCAUUUUAUGUCAGAAUCUGAAGUUUCAAUGGACCUCAAACAAAUACAACAUUUCCAAUUCCAUGGCUGUUUGUCAACAAGAAAAUUCAAGUCACUUUUUUUUAGUUAAGAAAUGAAGUUCCACGUUUUAAUUUACAUUUCACAACUUAAAAUACUUCAUUUUGAUACUACAUACAAACAUACAAAGUACAUGGUUAAUAUUUCAGCAUUGCACAAAUACCAUUUAAAAAAUUUAAUUUCUAUUGUCGGAUAACAUGGACAGUUGUAGGUAGAAAUUAUCAGAAAUCAAUUAAACUUGUAUAGAUUUGAGUUCUAAAUAAUAUCAAUGUACUGCUUUGUAAUUAUCCUGUAUUUACUCACAUAACUAUAUGUCAGCAAAUGUAAAGAAAAUGUCUGUCUCAUCAACUAGUAGAUUUCAACGUUAGUACAAUGGUUUUUUUUGACAGCAAUAUUACAGAUGUAACUUCCUAAAAUGGUAAGGGGCACAAAUAUAAGAUUGUCCACAUGCCUUGAUAGAGAAAAACAUAUUGACCUUUCCCGAUCAAGCUUUUGUGCUUCCUUUUCCAAUAAUAAGUAAGACAACUUGCUUUACCUGAAACCCAGCUUUCACUCUGUCAUCACAUUUAAGAAGGAAAUUAAUGAUAAUGUUAGAGGUUUGGAAUCAUUCUCAAUUUGUCAGAAUGCAGUUUCCAUGCCCCUUACCCUUAAGUCAACAAUUUUAAAGCACUUUUACUUUUUUAGCAAAAUAUGUUACAAGGAAAACUAGCUUGUUGUUUUAUUAAAAUUGCACAGAUAUAUUUUUGCACAGUUAACUAUAGUAACUUUUAUUCAUUUAUGGAAGAAAGUGAAACACGUUUAUGAGGUACAGGGCAAUAAUUCCCGCAUUGGAUUUUGUUGCUACUGUUGAUGGUGUUUGCUAUGCGAACAUGAGGAAACCAAGCCAAAUUGUUAAAGGUUUCAGGGUCCUAACGACUUCUAAGAAGAAAGUGAAUACUUCUAUUUAUUAAAAUUAAUACACUUAAUAGGAAAAUAUAAUCUGCAUUGGAAGAUGGUUGACAGCCAGCGGUAUUGUGUGAUAUAAUAAAGAGACCUGGGGUAAGUGUGAGUUGGGAACCAUUUCCUUCCAGAAAAACAAUCAAACAUAAACAAUCCAAAGUCACUCAAAUGGGUAGAAAUUACAGAAAUGGCAAGGUAAGAAAAAGUUUAAAAAUAGUCAGAAAAUUUAUAUAUAUUUAUAAAAUAAUACUUUAUUUUAUCUCAACAAAACAUCAAAUGUUUAUUUGAUACAUCUGAAAGCAAAAUAUAAACACUUUGAUUCUAUUAUCAAUAUUUUAAUCUAUUUAUUAUAGUCCUGAGAAUCUUCAUAUUUCAUAAAACAUCUGGAGGUAUACAAAGGCUAAUAAAAUAGCACAUUACACUGUAGCAAACAACUCAGGUCACAUGAUAAUUAAUGUUAAUGGUUUAGGUUAAAGUGUGAAGAUCGAGCACUAUUAAUGAUUUGGUGUAGUAGAAUUGCCAAUAACCACUUCUCUAAACAAUAGUUGUAAACAUACAUUGAAAAAACAAUGCAGUUUUGGUCAGAGUGGUAUUUGUGCAAGGGGAUUGGUUAGCUCCAUUUGGCUGCACAGCCAGUCUGUGACAGAGAGUGAUGCCAACAGAUGGGUUCCAUUACAACACUAGCUGAGCUUACCAUGAAGGACUCUCCUGCUCAAACUCUCCCAUUAUCUGGUGCAUGGUUAUACCACCAACCAGUCAUCUGUUUAAUAAGAGAGAACAGUUCUGUGGUCUAGGAGGGCUAUGGCAACUUUAUAUCGCAUCUACUAAAACCAAACAUGGGGGCAAACAAUGCACUUAAAAGGAAACAAUUUAUCUUAGUACCUGAUAUGAUAGAGGAAAGAACAUUGACCUUUUCCUGAUCAAACUUUGUGCUUCAUUUUCCAAAAAUAAGUAAGACGACCCUUUUUUAUCUGAAACAAAGCCUUCUCUCUGUCAUCACAUUUCAGGAGGAAAUUAAUGGCAAUGUUAGAGAUUUGGAAUCAUUUUCAGUUUGUCAGAAUGCAGUUUCCAUGCCCCUACCUUCAAGUCAACAUUUUUAGAGCACAUUUACUUUUUAGCAAAAUGUCAAAGAACAAAGGGCUAGAUUUUUAAAGCCCCAAUUUAAUACAUUAAUUAGCACUGAGAGGAAAAAUGAUUUAUUGUAACAAUUAAAAAGUUAAUAAUUUUAUAUUCCACUAAAAGCAAAAUUUGAGAUAAUAUUGAAAAUGUCUGAAACUCCAAAUAUUUCCCUUCAGUUUAUCCCACUUUUUAUCUCAAUGACCUAGCUGUUGCAUAAUGUUGUGAGUUAUUACAUCCUUGGCAAUUAAUUGAUCUGCUCAAUGUUUGUUUGAUACCACCUAUUGGAUAAUGUGUAUUAAAGGAAGUGCAUUUCAAACUGUCAGAAACUCAGAAUUUUAAAGUUAUGAGCACUUCUUUAACCCCAGAAAAUGGAUUGCAUAAUACAUAUUCAUAUGUGAUUUCUUCCUCUGCUAUUUUAGUGGGAGCAUUAAUGCAUUAUUUUGAAGAAAUGAAUUCCCCUGCUAAAAUAGAACAGAGAAAAAAGCUCAAACAUACACAUUAAUAUUCCAAAGUGUAAAUUCAAAAUCUCUGAAAUGAGACUCCCUGUGAUGUUCAAGCACUAAUGUUACACAGCUAGAAUAACUUGUUCCAAGUCGUCUUUGUCAGUCUCCACCACAAACAAGCUAAACUUGAGAGAAGCAAUUGCUUUACAAGUUAUAUUGUGAGCAGUCCAGUCAUUCAGAUUUCAUAUUUUUUGAGAGGAUGGGACUGAUUUCCCUCAGAGAGUGGACUAGAGGCGACUGGCAGCACCCAAAGCUGUUCAGCCUGCUUUGUUCCUCCUAGUCACCUAAAAUGAAGGUUAAUUAUCUACUAUUGGCAUUGUAAGGCCCCUGACUUACAUACAGUACUUUGAUUAACUAUCUUCCAUAGUUGGUGAUCCGGAUUGCUUAUUCAGAAGAUCCCAGAUAAAUGGAAAUUACCACGGUAAUAGUCAUAGAGUUGCACAACACAGAAACAGACCAUUUGAUCCAACUCAUCCAUGCUGACCAGACAUCUUAACCUGAUC